CUAGGUUAGCCUCUUUAGGAAGCAGCAGCAGCAGAAACAGAAGCACUAGGCUACAACCGACCGCUGAUGGAAACGUACGGUUGUUGAUCCUCUAUCUUUAACGAGCCUCGCGCACGAUCGGAGCGAUAAUCGAAGGUCACACAAUGAAGCAGGACUCCCGUCAGUAAAAUGAUUCAUAGCGGAAGCUACCUCAGCCAUAAUCAAGUGAGAAAAGUAAAGAAAGUAAAGACAACGGCCAGACGUCUGUCACCAAUGCCGCUUCUGGCGAAGAGAACUUUGAUUCGGGACAUAUGACUAAAGUGGACCCAGAUUUUCUAGGAUAUAACGAAUUGGGGGACAGAUAGCAGCAGCGCAAGGGAUCGGACCGGCGAUAGAUCGAGGGUUGAUAUGGAGGUCGAACGGCAAGAAGUCACGGCGAACGACUCCCUCGCCAAGGCCACCAAUAAAGAUGCAGAUGAGGACAAGAGUCAGGGACAUAACUGUGAGCUCUGUGGCAGGACUUUUCCGUUCCUAAGCUCCUUGUCGCAGCACAUGAGGAAGCACACCGGGGAGAAGCCAUACAAGUGCCCCCAUUGCCAGCAUCGCUCGGCACAGAAAGGCAGUUUGAAGGCCCACAUCCGCAGCCAUAAGCUGGACGGCGUGAGCCAGAGCCCUGCGGGUGGCGAGGAAGGGGCCGAAGAAGAAGGAGGCGAUAAGGAAGGAGGAGUACCUGAAGAUCAGGGUGGUUGUUCAAGUCCAACCGAAAGCACCUCUGCCUGCAAUAAAGUUGUCAACGGUGAGGAAUCCACCAAAACCAGAAAGAAGGGCGUCAAAAAGGAGAGGACAUCCAACGAGGCUGGCAAACAAUGUUCCCUGUGUCGUAAGAGACUCCGGAGUCAAGCCGAACUGGAGCAGCAUAUGCAGGACUUCCAUGAUGCCUUGCAUCAGGAGGAACCGAAUCAGUUGCAAUCCCGAGUCAGCAAGACCCAUACCGCAGAAGAAGAAGACCUGCCCUUGGAGGAAAGCCCCAGCAUUGAAGAAGAAGCAGAGAAAGAGAACGAGCUUGGCAAAGGAGACUUCCCGUGCGACCAUUGCGAUCAGGUGUUUACUCAAGCCUGGUUCCUCAAAGCUCACAUGAAGAAGCACCAGAGCAUGCUUGAUUACGGCUGCCGUAUCUGCGGACGCCGCUUCCGCGAGCCCUGGUUCUUGCGCAGCCACAUGAAGACCCAUGGCACGAAGGCCAAGCCGAAGAGCGACUCUGAGACACCUGCUACCAUCAACAACGUGGCGCAGGGCGAAGCUUCCUUGGUAAACGAAGUGUGCCGGUAUGAACUGUGCGCCAAGUGCGGGAACUUCUUCCAUGACAGGAAGAGUCUGCGACUUCAUGAGCGAGUGCACGAGCGGGUGCACAACAGUGCGGAGCAACCUGUUAACAAGAGCGACGACGUUUUUGUAUCGCCUGUUACCAAGAGACGCUUCCUAGAGUGCCUGAACCUUCGACCGGCGGGAGAGACGGAAAAGCUUUCGGAGGGGAGUCUUGGCAAGAGAAUCCCAGAGUUGGACCCUGUGAGCAGUUACCAGGCUUGGCAGGUGGUCACCAGAGGCAGGGUGGUGGAGGUCUCAGAGAAGGGCUUGGGUUGGGAAGAGAGGCUGGCAGAUGCGGACGUGGCGUACGACAGGGAGAAGGGCGAGUAUGUGCUACUGAGACAAACGGAAAAACGAAAGAAGCAACUGAAUGCUUCGUUGAGUCUCCCCAACAAGAAGAGACGAGGCACGGUGACCCAAGGUUCAAGUAGUUCAAGCAGCUCCAGCAGUAACGUCGCUGAUCAACCAAGGAACCAAAGUGGGCAGGCAUCCACGGGAGAAGGAAGUGCAGAGAGUCUGAGCGAUUCCGAGUACCGUCCCUCUCCCCGCCACGGCCGGAAGAAUUCCCAGAACAAGACCUCGGAAUGCUUGGAGUGCGGAAAAGGCUUUCGGACUCAGCAACAGAUGGUGAUACACAUGCUCAUAAGACACGGAGGCAUGGGCGACAGCGUGAACGGGGUUUCGCUGCAAGAGAGCCUCUUCGCUGCUAAAAAACAUCCCAUUCUUUCUCAAUCUGAGGAAUCGACAGCAGCGGACUUCAAGGACCAAAGUCAGAGAACACAGCCUGAAGGUACAGACAAAAAGCCAUACACCUGUGACCACUGUGACUUCAUCACCUCCGACCCAUCCGCCAUGACGGUCCACGUGCAUGUCCAGCACUCGGCUAUCAGGGACCGCGGUCAGAGGCGUGAGGCCUUAACCAGCACAUUCAGCCAAAGCAACAGUCCUUCCACCAGCCACGGAGGCUUCCCCAGGCUGAGGAACGCCCUGCUCCAGCAGCCAUACUGGCCCUACACCACCUCCACCCACUUGGAGAAGGCGUCGACAAGCAGCAGCACAACAACCACAUCGAAAACCACUCUCUCCAAGAACAGCGACGGGAAAGGAGGGGACGAGAAGAACCGAGAAGAGCAUGAAGAGAAAGCCGACUCCAGUCUUCUGAACCUUUCGAUGGAAGUAGAUUCCUCAAAAGGAGAAGGAGAUUUGCAGAAAAGGCUGGUCAGGCUCCAGUGUCCGUACUGUUCCCACGCCACGUUUUACCCGGAGGUUCUCUGGAUCCACCAGAGAAUUGCACAUAAAGUUGACAGCGCCACUCUGGCCCCCAAGUGGGCGCUAAAAAACGGCCUCAAGGCACCCAAGUCGAUUUUAGAGUUCAAGAGACGCACUGGACCACCUCCGUUCCUAGAAGGCAAGGACUGCCCUUCGCUUCCCCAGACACGCACCUUCCGCACCAGCCCUCCUGAACCUGCACCCGCAGGAACACUGAAGAAACUCAAGCCUCAAAACAGUACCUGCGAAUCCAGCCCCUCGCAAAGCAAGCCAGCGCCCGCCGGGGGGUCCGCACACGCCUCCAAACACAAGCCCAGCAAGUCCCGAAUCGACGAGGUCAGAAACACCAAAAGCAAGAUGGAGCUCCACCAGCACAUCGCCACGUCUACAAGUACAGCACGACCAACAACAAGCCCUCGCAAAGUCGCAAGCCCAAAGACUGGAAGCAGGGUGAUGGAGAUCAGCUUGCUUCCCCAAGAGGGACUUCGCUUCAUGCUUUCCAGCAAACACAACGUCUCCGAGCAGAGGAGCCCCAAAUCCCAGACCCUGCAGACCCUCCAGACACUGAAGACCCCCAGCCGGUCCGAACCUCAACCACAGGACGCACAAACAUCAGCAGGACCAGGACAAGACCCCUGGAGUAGACUAGGCCUGGCUGGAUCUGGAUCGUCGUCUUCUCACUCCUCCAAUCAACCCAAGAGGCAGCAAACGCCAGACAGUCCAGAAGGAUUUACCGACAUCUUCGGUUUCCUGAAGAGCUGCAGCCCUCAUGACCUGGCAACCCUUUACCAUCACUGGGGCUUCAGUAACAUCAUGAUGGAGCAAGCAGGGAUGGUGAGGUCAGGGCAGCAGCAGGGGGAGUUCGUGUGUCCGGUUUGCGGGAAAAACUUUAGCCAGCCCAGCCACUACCGCACGCACAUGAGGUCCCAUACAGGUGAGAGACCGUUCCGGUGUCAGUACUGUCCCUACAGCGCCUCCCAGAAAGGCAACCUGAAGACCCACGUCCAGACCGUGCACCGCCUCAGCUUCGACAACGCCCAGUACCCUGACAGGAGGCUCCGCCACUCCCAAUCCGAAGACCCGGCACGCCCUUCCAGCCCCGGCACUUCCCACCAAGAGACGGCUUCCUCGGACAACCUCCUGAGACAAACUACUAAGAUGACCUGAUGAUGAUUUUACUCUAAUCUACUUCUAAUUCUUUUCUCUACUCUACUCUACUAUGAAUGUGUCCACCCAAAGCUCUUCAAAGUUAGACGUGUGUCGCUCAAAGACGUGACUUGAAUGGCUUAAACACACACUUAGUACAACACUUAAGCAAUUAAGCGUAUUGAUAUUAACGUAGGUUCGUUUGGCUGUUUUAGUUUCCGCGGAAAGUUCGGAGAGCUGAUGUCAAAGCCCUCCAAAGGUCCUCCUGAAGUACUAUAUGGAGGGAAACAUCUUCCAGAACAGUACGAAACAGCAAUGGCAUACAUGUUUACACACCUUUAGAACAUGCUAACACCCUGAAGAACUCGAAUAUUUCAAACGUAAGAGGGUAAGACGACUUACUCAAGAGAUACUCAAGACCUACUCAAGACUUAGAGCACGAGUAAAAGCACGUCGUGUACGUCAUUCAGCUGUGUCCGAAAAUAAACCGCCCCAGGAACGUCGGUGGAACCCCCUACACUUGAAAUGCUGCUGCCGAAUGCCUGGGACGACAAUAUUAAACUGGUAGCCUUAGCUUGUUUGCUAGUGUGUAUGCUAGUGUUUGAGUGGUUGAGUGUGUAAUUGAGUAUGUAAUUGAGUGUGUGUGUGUCUUAAGAGUUUGUGUUCCACGUUCUACUCCUCAGGACUUAAGUUAGAUACAGUUCCAAAGUCUGCGUUCAUUUAUUCAUUCAUUUAUUCAUUAUUUGUAUGAAGUUUUGGCAAGAAAAAUAGGAAUAUAAUAUGCAGGGAAUUUGUUCGGGCAGACGUUUUUUUUGGCAUUAUCAGCAUAAUAUGUCACACAGCAUUCUGUAUUAUGAGUUCAGGGACUACGGUAUGUGUGUACAAUCUUCAGUAUGUUACAAAAAAUAUAUAUAAAUAAAAACAGCAGGAAUUUAAUGUGAAGGUUUCUAAGUCCAGCGAGGGCAGGGUCUUAUAAACAACGUAAACAACGUAAACAACGAAGGGCCAGUUUUAUUUUUAAAAGCUAAUUAUGCUAAUUAUGAACCUAGUCUUAGACUUUUAAGCUUUUUUAGCUUGUUUUUUUUUCUGAAACGAUCUGAAAUCUAUUAGUUCGAAGCAGAUAUGCAGAUAUAAAGUCAUAUUUUGUGGUGGUGUCAUACGAACAAAGUCAGGAAAUAUAAAAUAAUGCGUUUUCAGUUUGGGUUUUGAUGUAGCGUAGUUGACGUUUUCAUGUUUUUCUCUCUUUUCUUUCUUGAAUUAUGAUAUUUUUAAUUAUUUUAAUUAUUAAGUAUCGCAUCCCAAAAUCUCAAAAAAUAACAAAAAAAAAAAGAUAUAAAAAGUUUUUAAAAAGUUGAUGAUGGCACAUUAGGACUUAAAGCCAUGGUGGAGUUUUGAGUUUUUUCUUUAGAUUUUUUUUUAUUAUUAUUUUAAAUAAUAAAGUUAUUGCUGAAGGACUUUGGCUACAAAUGUACAGAACUGCUCAGAAUUUCUCAGUCAAUAAUAAUCACCUUUAAAUUAUUAUGCAUCAUAGAUACUUAGCUUAUUGACUCAGACUGAUUUAAAUAUAUAGAUUAAGAUUAAAAGUUAGUGUGUUUUAUAACGACUCUUAAAAAAAAAAAGCUUUAGAAUGCCAUAUUUUUUAGAGGUUGAUACUUAAAGCGAAGAAACUCAUGGCCAUAUAUUUCUAUGAAUGUUGGAUAAUGUAAUUAGGGAUUUACCUAUUUAGUUAUACACGGUCGUGUACGUUUGAAUACAUUCGUAUAUAUAUAUUUACGGCAGUAUAUAUUUAGCAUUUAAAUAUUCUGAUUUUGGUGAAUGUUUCGUUGAAUUUCUAGAGUAAGAAUUAAAGUUUUUUUGGGUUCCUGAAAACCUUCAAUUCUCCAAAAAGUGUCCAGAAUAUGAAAGCGCUGUUGUUGGUUGUAGAGUUACAGGAUACAGUUAAUUAAAGAAAUCUCCCAAAAAUUAUCUCAAAACUUGAGAAACAAAAACAAGAAAUUCAAAGAGGUUCUUUGCUGAACUAAAUAAAAAAGUAGGAAUACUAAAACCCAAGCAUUUAAAGAGUGAAAUAGUAUCAGUUGAAGGUUUGAAUAAUUAUAAUAAUAAUAAUAAUAAUAAUAAUAAUAAUAAAAUAAAAAAGUACAAUAGGAUAUUGUUUUUCUCUUUUAUAUAACAUUAUAAUUUUGUGCUUUUGAGUAGCGGUAGUUGAAUGUAUGGAUUUUUUUGUGGUAUGAGUUUUUAUUUGGUUUGUUCUCCAGAUUUCGUUGCAGAACUCAUUGAAUUUACGCAAAACCGUCAGUUUCCAUCCUCGGAUAAAUCUCAUCUCACACACACUGUCCACUGUUUAAGUUUUAAACCUCCCAAAAUAAAGUUUACCUCUGAUAUUU